GUGUGUGUGCGUGAGCUGCCACACAGAUCUCACAGGGGAAACGGGGGAGCAUCAUGCGUCUGAGUGAGUUUCUUUCGGUGUUGAAUCUUGCUGCAGUUGCACAAGGCGGCCGUGGGACGGUUGGAUGGGGUUCAAAAUCAGCGGCUGUUAUGAGCGAUCGACGCGUGUUCAAUGACCGGCAUCGCCAGCACCAGUCUCGCAGCGCUGUUGCCUUCUUUGGACGCCGUCCUAGGACUACCACACCGAGAGUGACUGGGAGCUCGGAGGCGGAAUCAGCUGUCGACGCACUAUCCGAUGCAUCAGGAGCAGGUGUCAAGGUAGUACGCGGUUUGCCGACAGCAGCGGACACUUCAGCUGCUGAUUCUGCAGGCGAUUCAGCCGCAGCCCCAAGAGUGAGCGCCGCGCAGGGGAUUGUCAACACAUUCCGAGACUUUUGGGGUCACGCAAGAGACGGGACGUUUGCCUUGUGGGGGAAUUUCAAGGCAAGAAGACAUACUAGCCAAGAUAUCAGGAAGCGGGUGAAGGCUGGGCAUGUAAUGACCUAUGCGGAGCACGCACACCUGGAGCGUGGCGCUAUUGACCGCAGAAAACUGCUGCAGUACCUUAUCGCCUACGCGGUAUCGCCGAAGAACUUCGUGUACGUUGUCUGGUACGUCCCGGGGCUCCUUCCCUCGACGUUCGUGAAACCUCAUACCGUCCGCUCCAAAUACCACAGACUCGCCCUCGAGCGUGCGUCGGCCACGUGGGAUGCUGUCACGGGGCUGGAGUUCCGGCUCCUGAAAGCGGAGGAGGGGUUCAAGGGAAAGCGUAGAGAAGAGGGGUCACGCCAGUCCAAGAAAAUGGAGAAGCUGGAAAGGCAGAGAGAAAUGGUGCUCGAUGUGCUCGAGGCCGAGAGCAAGAGGCAAGUAUUCGAACGGUUCCAGGACCACAUGGUAGUCCCUGCCCCCGCCUCUCCAGACCCAGAGAAUGCCGCCGCAAGCAACAACAAGAUCACCAAGAAGAGCAAGAAGCCAAAGUCCCAGAAGCUCAAGCUUCCCUCGGCUAGCAAGGGGGUCCCUAACACGUACAUCAAGGCGCUCGGCAAGGGCACGGGGCUGUCGGGGUGGUGGCACAUCUCGCCUGGGUUCUACGUGCGGUACUGCCUCAGCGAGAGGUUGAGAGACCUGGGCAGGAUGGACGAUGUCCUGAGAACAGUCUCGCUGGAAUCGCUCAGCGACAGUGAUCUGAGAGAGGCCUGCGACGCUAGGGCUAUCAACGUGGGGAACCGGCUCGGGGGGGACCGUGAACCGCAAGACCUGCGGAAGUCGCUCGGGGAGUGGCUUGACCUUACCUCGCCUGAGGUCGCCGCUGGGAGCAAGCUUGGCCCUGACACGGUCUUCCUGCCGGAUCGAGCUAGGUUGUUGGGUCUGGGGCUCAACUGUUUGGAGAGCGCGCGGCAAGGGAGGACGGCAGAGUUGCCGAGAAAGGCGCUCGCAGUCGUUGGAAAGGGGGGUGCGAUUCCAUGAAGCCUUUGCCUCGUAGCCUGUUAUUCUGAACAGGUUCCUAGUUCUUGCGUCAUUAU